GGAGAGGCGCGGCGCCUAGCCCCCUGGGGUCGGGCUCUCAGCGGCCUUGCAGAGCGCUGUGCGUCCGGUGGGCUGCGUGGGCCUGUGACCCCGGCCGAGGCGCCUCUGGACUCUGAGCGCACUUGAAAGAGCAGUGGCAUGCAGGGUCUGUCCGGCUUUGCUCCUUGAGGGAGGACUCCUGGAUGGAGCAGUGGAAGGCUUGCGGGUAUGGGAGUGGGUGGUUGUGAGUUAGUGUAAAUACAUCCGGAAGCCACCUCGGUGUGCAGUUUGUGAGAAGACUUGGUUAGCUAGCGUGUCCAGGGGUGAUGCACUUGGUUAGGCCCGGGGCAACCAAAGAGACUUAACAUUCUUGUUCAAGAAACUUGGUUUACUUAGACUCUGAGGUAGAUUGAAGUUGGGGCUCUAGUAAAGAAAGGCUCAGGUAGAGAGGUGCUAAUGUGGAAAGUGGUUGUACCCCCACUUGGGUGAUGACCGUAGAAAUUAUUGAGAAUGAGGAGUCAGAAGCCUUUUGCUUGCUUGGCAGUUCUCUGUGUGGGAAAUAGAACUUCUGGAAACGUUCCUAUAGUGUAAAUUUUGCCUGCGUGUAGGCUAUCUUUAUUGGCCAUUGCUUGCGGCCAAUGACCUCAGUAGGGGAGUGGAAGUACGCUGUCUGAAGCACCAUUGUGUUUUGAGUUCAUUUCUGUGGAAGAACAUUUUAAAGAAAGGCUUUCCAGAGAAGUUAAAGGUUGCUGUGCACCUUCAGUUUACAUUUGUACUUAAUCUACCCCCUGCCCCCAAUCCUUCAGCGUCAUCUGUUUCAGUGGUGCAACUCUCUUCAUCCCUUUUCGCUUACCAGUCACCUUCAGGCCAUUCCGAGGAGAGAAGAGUGGGAAAUAUGAAGUCAGCCAAGUCCCAUGUGAACCACAAUCAGCACGGGGAAAGCCAGCAGGCCCUGAGCCCCCUGCAGUCUACUCUCAGUCCUGCUGCUUCUCCUUCCCAGGCGUAUGAAACCUAUAUUGAUAAUGGACUCAUAUGCCUUAAACACAAAAUUAGAAACAUCGAGAAAAAGAAGCUCAAACUGGAAGAUUAUAAAGAUCGCCUAAAAAAUGGAGAACAGCUUAACCCAGACCAGUUGGAAGCAGUGGAGAAGUAUGAAGAAGUACUGCAUAAUUUGGAAUUUGCCAAGGAGCUUCAGAAAACCUUUUCUGCACUGAGUCAAGAUCUACUGAAAGCGCAGAAAAAGGCCCAGAGAAGGGAGCACAUGCUAAAACUUGAGGCUGAGAAGAAAAAGCUUCGAACUAUACUUCAAGUUCAAUAUGUGUUACAGAACUUGACACAAGAACAUGUACAAAAAGACUUCAAAGGGGGCUUGAAUGGUGCGAUGUAUUUGCCUUCAAAAGAACUUGACUACCUCAUUAAAUUCUGGAAACUGAUCUGCCCUGAAAGAAAUGGAAGUUUGAGUGUUGAAGACCAGAUGGAGCAGUCAUCCUUGUACUUUUGGGACCUUUUGGAAGGUAGUGAGAAAGCAGUGGUAGGAACGACAUACAAACAUUUGAAAGAUCUGCUGUCUAAACUGCUGAACUCAGGCUAUUUUGAAAAUGUCCCAGUUCUCAAAAGUUCUAAGGAAAAAGAGGAAGAAAUGCUAAUGCAAUCAGAAAAGAAGAAACAGUUACCGACAACUGAAUCUAUCAAAGAGUCAGAAUCUCCUGUGGAACUUGUACAGCCAGAGAUACAACCGCAGGAGUUUCUUAACAGACGCUAUAUGACAGAAGUAAAUUAUUCAAGAAAACAAGAAAAUGCGGAACGAUCUUGGGAAGCAGAUUAUGCUAGAAAACCAAAUCUCCUCAAAUGCUGGAAUAUGCUUCCUGAACCAGAUGGUCAAGAGAAGAAGCAGGAGUCCUUGGAGCCUUGGGAGUCUUCUGUUAAGUCCCAGGAGGUAUCAAAGCCUGUGGUUUCCUUAGAUCAGGGGAAUCUCAGGUCAACAUUGCAGGAAGAGCAGAAGCAGCAGGUUUCUAUGAUACCUGUCAGUCAGCGGAAGUCAGAAACCCCUAAGUCCAAAGUGGGCAGCCCUCAAAAAGAGCAAAACAUACAGGAAACACCAAAGCCAUGGGUGGUUCAGCCACAGAAAGAACAAGAUCCAAAGAAGCUACCUCCUGGAUCCUGGACAGUAUCUGUGCAGAGUGAACAGAGCGGCAGCAAGUCCUGGACCACUCCUAUGUGCAGAGAACAGGAUUCAACGAAGCCUGGAACUCCGAUGUCCUGGGAAAACAACGCUGAGAACCAGAAACACUCCUUAGCACCACAGUCACAGAUUUCUCUAAAGUCCUGGGGAGCAGCUUCGGCAGGCCUGUUACCAAAUGACCAGCUCAUGCCCAGGAAGUUGAAUGUAGAACCCAAAGAUGUGCCUAAGUCCGUGCCUAAGUCUGUGCCUCAGCCUAUAGACUCUUCCUCUGCCUUUCCAAAGGAUCCCCUGUUGAGGAAAGAAAAGCUGCAGGACCUCAUGACCCAGAUUCAAGGAACUUGUAACUUUAUGCAAGAGUCUGUUUUAGAUUUUGACAAACCCUCAAGUGCAAUUCCAUCGUCACAGCCGCCUUCAGCUUCUCCAGUCUCUACAGUAUCUUCAGAACAAAACUUGUCCAAUCAAAGAAGUUUUCUUCAAGAGCCAUUACAGGUGACUUCUUCUCCAGUUACUUGUAGCUCAAAUGCUUGCUUGGUUACUACUGAUCAGGCUUCUUCGGGAACUGAAACAGAAUUUAUGACCUCAGAGACCCCUGAGAUGGCAGUUUCCCGGAGCAAACCAGCAUCUGCACUUGCUUCUCCAAAUCCUCCCUUGUCAAAGGGUUUCCAGUUACCUCCUGCAAGUGGGAGCUCAGCAGCCAUUAGCACAGCACCCUUUCAAGCCAUGCAGACAGUGUUUAAUGUUAAUGCACCUCUCCCUCCACGGAAAGAACAAGAAAUGAAAGAAUCUCCUUAUUCACCUGGCUACAAUCAAAAUUUUACUUCGGCAAGUACUCAGACAAUAUCCCAAUGCCAGCUCCCAGCUAUACACAUAGAACAGACAGCCCAACCUCCAGAGACUGCUGCAGGUUACCAUCCUGAUGGAACUGUUCAAGUAAGCAAUGGCAACCUUGCCUUUUACCCAGCACCCACAAGUGUGUUUCCCAGACCUGCUCAGCCGUUCAUCAGUAGUCGGGGGUCUGUGAGAGGAUGUACACGUGGUGGGAGGUUACUAAUGAAUCCCUAUCGGUCUCCUGGUGGCUACAAAGGUUUCGAUAGUUACAGAGGACCCUCUUCAGCUUCCAAUGGGAAUUACAGCCAACUGCAGCUGCAAGCUAGAGAAUGUCCUGGAACACCCUACACUCAAAGGGAUAAUUUCCAGCAAUGUUAUAAAAGAUCAGGGACAUCUAGUGGUCUUCAGGCAAAUUCAAGAGGGUGGAGCGACUCCUCUCAGGUGAGCAGCCCAGAGAGAGACAGUGAGACUUUUAACAGUGGAGAUUCUGGGCAAGGAGACUCCCGGAGCAUGACCCCUGUGGAUGUGCCAGUGACAAGCCCGGCAGCUGCCAUCCUUCCAGUACACGUCUAUCCUCUGCCUCAGCAAAUGAGAGUUGCCUUCUCAGCUGCCAGAACAUCCAAUCUGGCUCCUGGAACUUUAGACCAACCUAUUGUGUUUGAUCUUCUCCUGAACAACUUGGGAGAGACCUUUGAUCUUCAGCUUGGUAGAUUCAAUUGCCCAGUGAAUGGCACGUAUGUAUUCAUUUUCCACAUGCUAAAGCUGGCUGUGAAUGUACCACUGUAUGUCAACCUCAUGAAGAAUGAGGAGGUCUUGGUGUCAGCCUAUGCCAAUGAUGGUGCUCCAGACCAUGAGACGGCUAGCAACCAUGCCAUUCUCCAGCUCCUCCAAGGAGACCAGAUAUGGUUGCGCUUACACAGGGGAGCGAUUUAUGGAAGUAGCUGGAAAUACUCUACAUUUUCAGGCUAUCUUCUUUAUCAAGAUUGAAAUUUAAUUCAGAGUGAAAGAAUGAAGUUCUCACUAGUGGAUCUAAGGAAAAGUAGUCCUUUCCUGGUUGGGGAAAGUAUUUUGUUCCUAGAGGAAGAAAGAGGUCCUUACUUUUUUGUUUUUCUCUUUAUGUAAAAACUUUGAAGCGGAAUGACAAUUAGCACUAAUCUGGCACUUUAUAAAUUGUGAUAUAGCCUUGCUAGUCACACAGUGAAUGUGUAUUGUUUGCACUUAACCCUCAACCGUGUUAAGGGUCAGCUUCCUGAACUGACUGCCUCAACUUCAGACAAGUUACAAUGCCUUGUUGUGCCUCAAUAAAAAACUUAGACUGCA